AUGGACAGGAACCAGGUCAAAGCAGGAGGCUCUUCAAUGCCGUAUCAAGAUAGAGAACUACACCAGCUCAGUGUUGACAAGGAAGUGACUGAAGAGAACAGAUAUGGGCAGGGAUCAGACAGACUGGCUUGGUUUUGGAGAGUCAACAACGGUCAUGAUUUGAAGGAAGAUGUGUGGAUGGUCUACAGGGUAAAUUGGUUGAAAGCUAAGGCUAGAUGGCAAAGGUGGGAGGAAGAGUUGAGAUUGGUCCAACACGAAAUGGGUUGGACAGUGCUCUUGUGGGGAAGAUUUGCAUUGGAUGCUGAAAAUUCAUUCAAGACAAGUUGA